CGUAUCCAUCAGUACAAAUAUUGGAGCAUAUUAUAAUUCCUGCGCCGCUACCCCAGGCAAAUACUCAAACGCAGCCGUCAGAAAUGGUAGCUUUACAUCCACAAUCCGCGAUGGGUGACAUGCAUCAAUUUCCAAAUAAUCCAGCUCAACAACAACCAAAUUUACCACUACAGCUACCUGUAAAUAACGGCGGCAACAAUCACUUUCAUGCCCCGUUGCCUAGGGGGGAAAAAGAUAUGCAAUUACUAAGAGAAUUUUAUGACCACGUCUCGCCGCCGUCUUCAGCAGCCAUCGACCAAGAAGAGGCGCCACCACCACCACCGCCGCCGCCAUCUCAUGAAUCGCCCAGAUGGCACGAGCCGUCCACACCCCAAGAGCUGGCGAUGUUAUCAAUGGGGUGUCUGGAGAAGAUGCUGACAAUUUUCCAGGCCAGACAAAGAAAUUCCCAACUCCAGACGGAGCGUUUAGAACGGGAAUUGGCUGCACCACGGCUUCAAGAUGAAAACCUGCAUCGAGACAUGAAGUUUAUUAUAAAUUACAUGCAAUUUUUAAAGAAUAGCUAAUUUUUCUUUUUAAAUUUAAUUUCACAUUUGUAAUAGUAGGUACUUCGGUAGGUACUUACGAG